CAGAAGUCGCCUGCUUGUCUCUGCAAUUCGUUCCUGCUACAAUUUCAACUUCCCACCCCCUUUCGCUAUUCAAUUCACGAUGAACACACUGCUCUGGAAAACGCUGGCGCCGGCCCGGUCGCUGUCAAAAGCACAGGAGCUCUUGAUAACAAAUGGCAUUAACCGCAAGGUGUUUGCUGCAUCGCCUCGGCGCUUUUCGGCCAUGGCCUGUCAGCCAGCUCACAGCCCCGCUCAGCAACAGCAGCAGCAGAGGCUGCACCGCCGGUACAUGUCAUUCAACAUGUUUGAUCUACUGCCAGACCUCGAGCGCUUGAAGACGAAAAGGUCGCGGAAGCUGGAGGCAGCCGUGGGCAAGGGCAAGGUGCGACCCGAUUUUCUGUCUGGUUUUGAGCAUCUGACAAAGCCGCUGGGCGACAACCAGCCCAAGAAGCCGAAGCCAGAGACAUUCGUGGCCAAGGAGCCGGUUCGCGUUGAUCCGAACCAGCAAACGCCAGAGCUGACGCUGCGGUGCACGGAGCUGGACAAGGAGGGUAAUGUGACAGAGCUGUGCGCGCAACAUGGCCUGCAGCCGCGCGACCUGCGCAAAAUCGACAGCAAGUUCGUCAACCAGAUGCCAGCAAUCCUGGUGCGCCGCCAUGCAAUCCUUGUCAACCUGCUGCACAUCCGCGCCCUGAUCGAGGCCGACCGGGUCGUGCUCUUCGAUUCGAUCGGCUCCGCCAGCAACUACAACCAGAGCAUGCUUGUCUACGAGCUGCAGGAGCGGCUACGCAGCAGCCAAGGCGCUCUGGCGGCCGACGGCGAGUCGCAGCAGCCAUUCGACGUAGUCAAUUCGCUGCAGAGCGACGAGGAGGUGCUGGUGAAUCUUGAAAGCGUUGACCGCUCGAAGCUGCGUGAACUGCUGCAGUACUCGAAGAAGCUGUCACGCUUCGAGCAGAAGGCGCUGAAUAUCAGAGAUGCGAUCGAGGAGGUGCUGGAGCAGGACGAGGAUCUGGCCGCCAUGUAUCUGACCCAAAAGAUCAAUGGCGACACGCGCGCUGUCACUGACCACGAUGAGGUCGAGCUGAUGAUGGAGACGUAUCUGAAGCAGGUUGAGGAGAUUGUCAACCACGUCGAAUCUGUGUCCUCACAUGUGCGCACCACUGAGGAUGUUGUCAACAUCAUCCUCGACUCGCAGCGAAACAGUCUGCUGCUGCUGGAGAUCAGGCUGACCAUUCUGACCGUCGGCCUGAGCACCGGUACGUUCCUGUCGGGCCUAAGCAGCCCGACGGCCUUUUACUUUGUGUCGGGCGUCGCCUUUACGUCCAUCGUCACCCUGACCGUCAUUGGCCUGCGGGCCAUGCGCAAGGUGUUGCGAAAGAUAAACUAGAACAUUUUGUAGAAUAAAUUACGCUGGGCCUGCCG